AUGUCCACACGAAAACGCAACGAAUUCCUCGACAUCGAGGACAGCGAAGACGACGAAAGAGGCUACGAUUCCGAGGAUGAAAGUAGAGCGCGCAUGCUCCCCUCGUCAAAGCGCCAAAAGGUAGAACAUGACUCAGAGAACGACGACGAUGCCGAUACCGACAACGAGGACCAAGAAGCAGAAGCGGAAGAAGAGAAAGACGGCAACGACGACAGCGACGUUGACAACGAUGAUGACGUCCCUUACGACAAAAGCGCAGAACUCGCCCACCUCGAAAAACUUGCUGCCUCCCUACCCUCAGAACUCAAGCUCAAGUCCACAACACUCGGAGAAGUCCUCCCCCCAUCCUCCCUCAAAAAGGACAAGUCAGGCGUCAUAUACCUCUCGCGCGUCCCCCCCUUCAUGAAGCCCACAGUCCUACGCUCUCUCCUCACACCCUACGGCGACAUCGGUCGCAUAUUCCUCACGCCCGAGCCGAGCACCUCGCGCACACAACGACUGCGCUCUGGCGGCACCCGGCGCAAACUGUAUCUCGACGGCUGGGUGGAAUUCCUCAAGAAGAGAGACGCAAAGUUUGUUGCGGAGAAUCUCAAUGCACAGACCAUGGGCGGGAAGAAGCGCGGGCGCUGGCACGACGAGGUGUGGAAUAUCAAGUACCUGAGUGGCGUCAAGUGGAGCCAUCUCGUCGAGCAGAUUCAGAACGAGAAUGCAGAACGUGCGGCGAGGUUGCGGUUUGAAAUUCAGCAGGGCAAGAAGGAGAAUAAGGCGUUUUUGGAGAAUCUAGAGAGGGGCAAGAUGUUGAGCGGGAUUGAGGCGACGAGGAAGAAGAGAGGCGAGGAAAUGGAUGAUGAGAGGGCGCCGGGUGCUGAGGCUGCGAGUACGGCUGUUCCUGGGGAUAGUAAGGCCGCAAGUGAGAAGCCGAGGAGGAGGAAGGGAAGGCUUGAAUUCACGCAGCACACCGCGACAAGUAAGGCGUUCAAGAAGCCUGAGCCGGGGCAAGAUGUGCACAGGGUGUUGAGCAGUAUGAUGUAG